AUGUUGUUUCGUGGUCGUUCCUCAGAGCGGGCCGUCAUUUCAAAAUUGAAGAUAAAAGAAUUUUCACUGUUGAGUCUGGAAAAUCUUCCCGUCGGAUCAUUGUGUGAGCUUAUGGGAACUGAACAGGUGGAACGACUACGCAUAGGACGGUCUGUCAUCGCCGUAAAUGGACUUCUAGAACAGAAAAAAUAUAAAGCAGCCGGAAAAAUACUGAAGCAGACUGAGAAUCUUCUGCCAUUAGGUGGCGCUAUAUACUGGUGGCUACGACAGAGAAAACUGAACAUGCAAAUCUAUAUAUGUGCAAAUAUCAUGACAAGGGAAGUUGAUCCCGAAGAAAUUGACAUUUUGUCUACACAGAUUUCUGAUGGAAUGAAUUCAUUUUAUGGCCAGCAAUAUGAUGACCUCUUAGAAAUGGAUUAUGUAAUGCCACCUGAUGUCAAUUUUGAACUACCCGCACCUACUUUGUCCAGUGUGGCAUCUCUACGUCGUUUGGUGAGGCAGGAAAAGCCAAGAUUUGGUAAAGCUGCUGGAGUAUCUCGACAUAGAAGUGUGUCCUUGCAUACUGCCCAUGAAAGAGAACGUCAUAAAACAGUGAAUCAAGCAAUACUGUAUCUUAUGAGGACACUACCGUCAGCUGAAAAGAAAAGUCAUGAAACCAAGUUUAUGGUGUUAAACAGGGCUGUUGAAUAUAUUGACUUCCUACGAAGAAAGAUUCAAGAGAAAUGUUCCCAAUCAUCAAACUCAGUUCAGUUUCUGGAUAACUAUUUGUGUAUUCCGAAUAUGCCUGAUGGCAAUUCUGCCAAAACUAGUGGUAGUGGAAUGAAAACUAUAUCUCCUGAAAUAUUGAAAGAAUUAACUAAUAAUGCAGGAAACAUGAAAGGAGAUCUUAUAGUGAAGAAAAAGAAUUCCACUUGCAUCAAUCAGUUUUCUGAAGAACAAGAGACCACAAAAACAAAUGCAACUUAUCUUUCUACUAAUAUCAAAAAAGAAGAUUGUGGUGAUAGUACCGGUACACAAGCAAUGGAGUCGCAUUCACCUUGGCAUGAUCAUUUCAAGUUCAAUUCUUUCUCGUUGUCACCAUUAUCUGAAAACAACCCAUCAGUAAGUUCAAGAUCAUCCCCAGACAGGCCAAUGUUUUUAUCACCAGUCAUUGAUUCAUCAGAGCAGUCUAGCAUACCAGACUCUUCUCCAUCAGUCUCAACUGAUGGAUCAUCAGAAUUCAAUUAUAAAGGGCAUGCAGAUAGCUUUCCAUUCGAACAUACGUAUUCAGUAAGAUUUAGUGGUAAUCUAACAUCUGAGGAAAAUGUUGCCAAGCUAUGCAGUAAACUCAAAUCACCAAGCCGAACAGCACCAGGUGAUAAACUUAUAACACCUCCAAUUUGUGGUACACAUAAAUUGACGGCUUCCAAGAAAAAUAGGAUUAGUGCAAGAAGAUCUUUUGGUUAUGACAAACCAAACCAAGAUUGUAAACACAGUAAUUGUGGUCUAUGCACUCCUGCAGAUGUUGAAAUUCCAGGCCCCGAAAAUGAUAUUGAAACAAAUUUUCCGCCACCCAAAUCAUGGAUCAAUGGUUAUCAGUUAUAUACUAGGAUGCAUUAUCAAGAUUACAAAAUGGACCAUCCUAACCUCAUUGGAAGAGAAGUAACCAAAGUACUUGGUAAUGCAUGGAGGGAACUACCUGAAGAAGAGAGAAAGGUAUACAGCCAAAGAGCAUGUGAAUUAAAUGAGAAGACAAGACGUGAAAGAGAAGCCUUGUUAGAAGAACAGAGCAACUGA